UUGUUAAAAUCGCGCAUCCAUUUCUUUCUCCCUUCUUCCUCCUCCAACAACACACAAUUUUUUCUUUUCUUUUCUUUAUUUAUAUAUCUUCCCUCUUCAUUGUUUACCCGCGCGCACACAUACACAUACACAUACACAUACACACAAAUAUAUAAAUAAACAUACAUAUAUAGAUGCAAAAUAUAGAUAUAAGCAAUAGAUAUAAUAGGGGGGGAAUGGAAAAGAAGAUGAACGGCGGCGUAGCAGAAGAAAAAAAGAGGGUGGCGAGGGGUGGAAUAAUAAAUGGGCCCACAAAUCCAAUGGUGACGCCGUUACUAACGGAUCUUUAUCAGUUCACCAUGGCUUAUGCUUAUUGGAAAGCCGGCAAACAUAAUGACCCUGCUGUGUUUGACUUGUAUUUUAGAAGGAAUCCCUUUGGCGGUGAAUAUACAGUUUUUGCAGGUCUUGAAGAGUGCAUAAGAUUCAUUGCUAAUUUUAAAUUAUCGGAGGAUGAGAUUGCUUUUGUUCGAGAAUGUCUAUCUCCCACAUGUGAGGAUGGCUUCUUUGAUUACCUUAGAGGAAUCGAUUGUUCUGAUGUUGAGGUAUAUGCUAUUGCCGAGGGAUCUGUCGUAUUUCCUAAAGUCCCCUUGAUGAGGAUUGAAGGCCCUGUGGCUGUGGUUCAAUUAUUGGAAACUCCUUUUGUAAAUCUUAUAAAUUUUGCUUCUUUAGUUACUACAAAUGCUGCAAGGCACCGUUUUGUUGCUGGGAAAUCCAAACUUCUUCUUGAGUUUGGGCUACGGCGUGCACAGGGCCCAGAUGGUGGUGUAGGGGCAUCAAGGUAUUGCUACAUGGGAGGAUUUGAUGCAACAAGCAAUUGUGCAGCUGGAAAAUUAUUUGGAAUACCGCUUCGUGGGACCCAUUCUCAUGCUUUUGUCAGCUCAUUCACGGGACCUGAUGAGAUAACAGAGAAGUCUCUCCAUAGUCAUGAUAAGUCUACAGUAUGCAAGGAUUUCGUUGGCCUUACACAGACGUGGUUGGGCAAACUCAAGCGGUUAAGUUCAUCAGAAGGUGUAUUUGGCGAAACUAAUCAAAGUGAGCUAGCAGCUUUUGUUUCAUAUGCCUUGGCAUUUCCUGACAACUUUCUGGCUCUUGUGGACACAUAUGAUGUGAUGAGGAGUGGUGUUCCUAAUUUUUGUGCUGUUGCUCUAGCACUAAAUGAUUUAGGGUAUGAAGCAAAGGGAAUUAGAUUAGACUCGGGCGACCUUGCUUAUUUGUCAUGCGAGACCAGGAAGUUCUUUCAAACCAUAGAAAAGGAAUUUCAAGUUCCUGGUUUUGGAAAGACUGGUAUUACUGCUAGUAAUGACCUCAAUGAGGAAACAUUAGAUGCUUUAAACAAACAGGGCCACGAGGUUGACUCUUUCGGCAUCGGAACCAAUUUGGUCACAUGCUUUGCUCAACCUGCUCUAGGCUGUGUGUUCAAGCUUGUUGAGAUUAAUAAUCAGCCGCGUAUAAAGCUGUCAGAAGAUGUCUCAAAGGUCUCUAUUCCUUGUAAAAAGCGAUCUUUCAGAUUGUAUGGCAAGGAAGGUUAUGCCCUUGUAGAUAUAAUGUCAGGGGAAAAUGAACCAGCGCCAAAGGAAGGCCAAAGGAUUUUAUGCCGGCACCCAUUUAAUGAAUCCAAGAGGGCUUAUGUGGUGCCACAGCGUGUUGAGGAUCUUAUGAAAUGUUAUUGGCCUGGAAGUGUAGAUAAAGCAAGGGAAGAAUUGCCAACGCUUGAGCAGAUCAGAGAACAUUGUAUGAGGCAACUGGAGCAAAUGCGGACUGAUCACAUGAGAAGAUUGAAUCCAACCCCUUACAAGGUUAGUGUUAGUGCGAAGUUGUAUGAAUUCAUUCAUUUUCUAUGGCUCAACGAAGCACCCGUUGGAGAGCUGCAGUAAGGAUGUAAAUGCUAUGCAGACAGAUAAACAAACCAUCAUAUAGUCAUUCAUGAUAUCUUUCUUUGGAUACAUAAUAAUUUCGAUUUUUUGUUUUGAGGUUUUUUGAGCCUCUGAUGUUCCAACUUGCUUAUAACAUACAAAAAAUAAAAGUUUCCAUUGAUGAACUUUAUAUAUUCAA